AUGGUCGACCAACGAAACGUAACAAGAGCCGCAAUCGCCGCAGCGAAGAAGUCGAAAUCAUCAUUGAGUGGUCAAGACGCGAAUGAAAUACAUAGGUUGUUAGUACCGUUGCCGGUAGUCAGCAAGGAAGGUGCAGCAGGUGAUUGGAGUGAAGUACCAUCAGACCCUUUGAGUAUAACUCAGGAUGAUUGGGAAUCAGAACCGAACAACUAUAAAGAUACGGUUCCGGGAGACGUACCCGUCGAAAGCCGUGAGGAUCCUUUAGUGUUCAAUGAUGAGGAAGAAAACACGAGUGGAAAGGAAAAGCAAGAUGCUGUUGAACCGGACUUCAUAGAGUUCAUGAAAGCCGUUCCAGAUGUUGGAAAGACUCCAAUUGAUCUGAUAUCAGCAUUGUUGGAGCAAGCUUUGGCCGCCCAAGUAUCGGGAAAUAUAGUUAUGGCAAAUGUUUUUCUAAAAGCCAUCCGCGAAUUGGAUCCUAAGAAGCAACAGAACUUCGGUGUGGCAUCAGUGGAGCCAGAAGAAGAGACGAAUGAUGGAGCAACUCGUCAGUUCCCCAUCCAGAUGUCACUUCCUUCUCAAACCAGAUCGACUGUGCAUAGACUCACGACCCAGCAGUUUCGUUGUCGCCCCGCUUCAGUCUUCUCUUGUCGGCAAUUCCCCCGGUGGUAUUCAUCCCGACCCGAUCCAUCAGCAACCGGUGUGAAUAUUAACCACGCCGAACCUGUCAAACAACCAGUCGCUGCCUCAUCGUCAUCCCAGGCUCCCCAAGAAAACUCUUUGGAAGAAACAGAGCGUCCGAAACCACCUCCUUACCUUCCCCGUCCCCUGGGUGUCGAGGAUCCACCUAGUACACGCCCCCGAACUGAAGAAGAAAAGUUAGCUAAAUUGGUCGAUGAGCAGGCGAGGUUGCAAGAACGUAAACACCUGUUAAUCAUGGGCUUUAUCUGUUUUUUUUUUUUUUUCAAAUAUCUCAGAAUCGACCAUCUAAUCACAAGACAUAUUAAAUCUGACCAUUCAUUCUUGUACAUACAUAAUGGAAACAAAUUGUGGACGGCUCCACCCAGUUUGAUCCAAGACCAGCGGGCCUUAUAUUUCCCGAAUAUUAGUGGGAUCGCACUUUCCAAUAAAGAGACAAAACACACCACUGAUAUCUUCACAGACAAAGUCUCGAUCUUGGCUGUCGAGAGUACCAGGAUGUCUGAGGAACAUACGAGGUCAUUUUACGGAGAGCCUCUUCGAAUGAUGGCCGAAGAAAGUAAUUUGCAGCUAGUCAGAUUAAACGUUCAAGAAAAUCCACUGAAAUCGUGGCUGGUCAGCUUAUUCAUCAACAACCUACGAAAGACGGUACCCACAAAACAGCACUCAGGAUAUAUUCUAACAAAUCAAAGCUUGGAGUAUGUACGAGAGCCGUUAGGGAUGGUAAACAAGCUACUGGGAUAUGUCUACUUGGUCGAUUGGAAUAAAAAGGUUCGAUGGGCCGGCUGUGGGUUCUCCAAUGCCGACGAAGUUAGUGCAUUGUUUUCCGGUACUAGAGCGUUGUUAAAACGAUUUGAAGACAAUGAGAAAUGA